CGAGGUGUGUUGUGGGCAUUGAAGUCUUCCUAAAAGUGCGUCUCCAAACGCGUUUUAAUCGGAGUCAUGUUUUUCACCAACUCCUUUGCAACUCCGAUACUUUUUCUUUUAUGUAUUGUUUUAUUUCCUGUUACUGAUGCGGACGAAUGCGAAGUGUGUGUGAAUUUCCUGGAGCGCAUUUACAACUCACUAGUUCUUCGGCAUAAAGAGCUUUCCCCAGAGCUGGUGGAGGGGGGUCUCAUCACAACAUGUGCUCAGGCUUCAGGGAAAGAGAACAGACUAUGUUAUUACCUCGGAGCCUCAAGUGAUGCAGCAGCCAAAGUGACAGGUGAGGUGAGCCGCCCCCUCAGUGCACACGUUCCUGUCCAGAAAAUCUGCCAAAGACUUCAACGCAGAGACAACCAAAUCUGUGAGCUUAGAUACGAAAAUCUAGUGCUGGACUGGAGCAGAGAUGUUUUGUCUAAAAUGCGAGUGCUGGAGCUAAAGAGAGUAUUGGCCUCAUGGGGUGAAGAGUGCAAAGCCUGUUUAGAGAAGAGUGAAUUUAUAGAUCUCAUCCAGGAGGUGGCCCCCAAACACAGCACAGCGCAGCACAGGACAUAUGCAGAGGAGCUAUGA